AUGGAUCCCUCAUCGUCUUCCUGGACAUCUCAAUCUGUCACCACAGAGGAAUUGAGGUGGUUUCAUUCUAUAGACAGCGAGAUAUUCCGGCGUCUAGUUCUCAGCCUUGGCCGGGGGGUUGAAGAGACUAUGAAGAUUAUAGGACUCUGGCUUUGGUUGGAAAGCAUGGGCUUCCCAAAUAUGGUGGUCAGACUCUUAUCUUUACCAGAUAUAGUUCUCAAUCUCAUAACAAACGAAGCUGUUAAUUGCUUAAACGCUUUGGAAAGAGGAGCUAGUGCCAACACCAACACCAACAAUGAUGAACAGCUCCUUUUUACUCGUAGAAUUCUGAAUUCUACAGUAAUUUCCCUAUCUUUUCUCAAUGAGAACAGGAUUUCUGCUAUCAGAAGCAUAACCAAGUUCCUCACUGAUGUGGGAAAUAGAGUUUUUGAUGAUAUAAUCCAGAAAACUAUCAAUCAUAGAAACCAACUCUUUAAUUCUAUCUUUGGUGGUGAAGGUGGUGGUGUAAUCAAUUCCAAUUUAAGGCCCACUGCUCCUACUUUUUUCCCUGGGCUAAAUGUUAGAGGAAAGCAGGUCAUGGUGGGCCUGUGCAUGGGCCUGGACCAUUCUCAAUCUGGAUUCCAAGUCCCAUUUCCCUCCAACUCUCAAUUUGUUGUGGGUGCACCUUCAUCAUCAUCAACAACUCCACCUGCUCUUCUUCCUCAAUACCCUCCUCCGGUGGCCGCUGCUGAUACAACGGAAAAUUCGGCCGAUGAACGUACACUAUUUAUCACCUUCUCUAGGGGAUAUCCAAUCAAUGAAACAGAACUCCGGGUAUUUUUCGCCAUGAACUAUGGGGAUUGUGUAGAGAGUAUAUACAUGCAGGAAGUGCAGCAACCAUACGUGCAAGCAUUGUUUGCCCGUGUCGUCAUUAAUUCUUCCAUGAUCAUGGAUGCCAUCCUUCAAGAAGAAGACUCAGAAGGGAAGGCAAAGUUUGUAAUCAAUGGCAAACACGCAUGGGCAAGGAAAUACUUCCCCAAGGAAUCCAACAACUGA